CUUGGGGGGCGGCCGCUAGGACCAUGGUAUCGCUGGCUGACCGAGUGCGGGGCCACGGGCGCAUCGCCGCCGGGCUCCUGCUCAACCUGCUGGUGUCCAUCUGCAUCGUGUUCCUCAACAAAUGGAUCUAUGUGCACCACGGCUUCCCCAACAUGAGCCUGACGCUGGUGCACUUCGUGGUCACCUGGCUAGGCUUGUUUAUCUGCCAGAAACUGGACAUAUUUGCCCCCAAAAGUCUGCCGCCUUCCAGGCUCCUCCUCCUGGCCCUCAGCUUCUGUGGCUUCGUGGUCUUCACCAACCUCUCCCUGCAGAACAACACCAUAGGCACCUAUCAGCUGGCCAAGGCCAUGACCACGCCGGUGAUCAUAGUCAUCCAGACCCUCUGCUACAAGAAAACCUUCUCCACCAAAAUACAACUCACGCUGAUUCCUAUUACUUUAGGUGUAAUCCUAAAUUCUUAUUACGAUGUGAAGUUUAAUUUCCUUGGAAUGGUGUUUGCUGCUCUUGGUGUUUUAGUUACAUCCCUUUAUCAAGUGUGGGUAGGAGCCAAACAGCAUGAAUUGCAAGUCAACUCCAUGCAGCUGCUAUACUACCAGGCUCCCAUGUCUUCUGCCAUGUUGCUGGUCGCUGUACCAUUCUUUGAGCCAGUGUUUGGAGAAGGAGGAUUAUUUGGUCCCUGGUCAGUUUCUGCUUUGCUUAUGGUGCUGCUGUCUGGAAUAAUAGCUUUCAUGGUAAACUUAUCAAUUUAUUGGAUCAUUGGGAAUACUUCACCAGUCACACUGUUUAAUUCUUGCAGCAACUCCGAGUGGUAAAUUCUACCAUUGUAUUUUGAAGAGAAGCAAAUGAAGGUGCAGAGGUUAAGUAGCUCACCUGAGAUCACACUGAGCUGAGAAGUGUGGUUUCCAAAUUUGAACCCAUGUAGUCUUUUCUCAGAACAUGUGCACCAUGCUGCCAAAUCAGAGCAUCCAGAUAUAUUCCCUGAUUGAGAACACUCCUUCACUCAACAAAUAUUUAUUGACUACCCACUAUAAGCCAUUCACUGACCUAAUAAAUAUCAUGUACUGAAUAUCUUAUAUAUCACGCAGUGGGGAUAUGGCAGUGAACCAAAAAGACAAAAAUCCUUGCUCUCACAACCUAACAUUCUGGUGAGGAAGACAGACUAUAAAUAGGAAAAAUAAAAAAUAUACAUAGACAGUGUUAGAUAUUAAGCUCCAAGGAGAAAAUAGAGAAGCAGGCAUGAUACGUUGGGGUUGAAAUUUUAGGUAGGGUAUUCAGGAGGGACUCAACAAGAAGAUGACUUGUGAGUAAAGACUGGCAGGAAAUGAGUUCAUUCCAUGCAGAUGGAGCUGAAGAGCAUUCCAGGUGAGGGAACACCAGGUGAGAGGUCUUAGGACCAACCAGGAAGCACAUGUGAGUGGAGUAGGAUGAGCAGAGGGUGGAAUAUAGUAGGACUCUCAGAGGUAGCAGAAGCAAACUGAGUGUAGAUUUUAUAUAAGGACUAUUAUUUGGACGAGUUGAGAAGCCAUUCAAGUUGUGAGCAGAGAAAUGACAUCAUAUUACUUAUGUUUCAACCACACUCUGAGCGACUGUGUUGACAGUAGAUUAAAACAAGGCUUCUCAUCCUCAGUGCUAAUUACCUUUCAGAUUGAACAAUUUUUUUGUUGCAGAGGCUUGUCCUGUACAUAGUAAGAUGUUUAGCAGCAUUCCUGGUAUCUACCCAUUAGAUACCAGAGGUACCUCCCUCUAAUUAUGACAACCUGAAAAUGUGUCCAGACCUUACCUAAGUGAGAAUUUCUUUCUCAACCUAAUACUGUAGUCCUUUUACUUUGGAGAGAUCAACAGGCAUGAUUGAGGCAGUCUUCUGUAACUGCGUAAUUACUAAACUUGGGUUGUUCCAGUACUUCACUGAAGUUCAUUUUUGUGGGGCAAAGGAUGGUGGGGUACUGCUGUUCACUGUGUGUUUCAUGCUGUUCUUUCUAGCCACAGGAGGUUUGUGCAUGUGUGUGUGUGCGCGCGCACAUGUAUAUAAGACAAUAACAGCUGCUCUUUUUAUCCUUAGCCAGAAA